AAGCGCCGCUCCCUGCCCAGGUGGUGGUUUGUCGGCCGAAAAGAACGGCAGGUGGUGAACAGAGCCUUUCCUGGGGUUGCUGGGGGACAAGUCAUUUAUUAAACAGCUUGCUUGUCCCGGGGGGUGUGACAGCUGCACCUGGGCCAGAAAGCCAGGCUCUCCGGACCCUGGGCUUGAUUUCUUCCACAAGGUUGCACAGGAGCAGUAAUCCGAGGUUCUGCAGGCAGAGCUGCCCCAACUGAGGACUCUUGGGCGGUGAGAAAACUAUGCGUUCUGCAUUGGUCUGGAAUGGAUGGUAGCGAGAUGGAUUUUUAUGAGGACUACCAGUCCCCGUUUGAUUUUAACACAGGAGUGAACAAAAGCUAUCUCUACCUGUCUCCUAAUGGAAACGUAUCCCCACCAGGAUCACCUGCUCUCCAGAAACGUGGUCUGCUGAGAACAGACCCGGUACCGGAGGAAGGAGAAGAUGUUGCUGCCACGAUCGGUGCCAAUGAGCCCCUAUCAGAGGAGGAGCGAGAAGAGCUGAGAAGAGAACUUACAAAGGUAGAAGAAGAAAUCCAGACCCUGUCUCAAGUGUUAGCAGCAAAAGAGAAGCAUCUAGCGGAGAUCAAGCGAAAACUUGGGAUCAAUUCACUACAGGAACUAAAACAGAACCUUGCCAAAGGGUGGCAGGAUGUGACGGCCACAUCAGCAUACAAGAAGACAUCUGAAACUUUAUCUCAGGCUGGACAGAAAGCUUCAGCUGCUUUUUCGUCUGUUGGAUCAGUCAUCACCAAAAAGCUGGAAGACGUCAAUAUACGCUCCAUUCAACACUCAAUUAGCAUGCCUGCUAUGAGAAACUCCCCGACUUUCAAAUCAUUUGAAGAAAAGGUUGAAAACUUAAAGUCUAAAGUAGGGGGAAGCAAGCCUGCUGGCGGCGAUUUUGGAGACGUCUUGAACUCCACUGCAAAUGCUAGUGCCACCACCACGGAGCCUCUUCCAGAACAGACACAGGAGAGCCUGUGAGAGUCCUACCUUUGUUCUGCUACUCACUGCCAGAUGCUGCAAGCGAGAUCCAAGCACAUCUUGUCAACAUUCAUUGCCCUGAAUUUCCACCAGAUGUGCUUUUGUUGAGCUUUACAUAUUCCUUGACCAACUAUUUUGUGGGUUGAACCACGUAAAAAGAUCCUUCACCUCUCUUCCUGGGAAACCCCCUCUAAUGUGCAUUUAAGGCCCUUUAUUUAGGAAGCAUCAUUAUACAGACACGGGCAGUACCUGGGGAGCCUCACUAGAAUGACCUAAGAAGCUGUGGGUUAUUGUAAUGGCUUUUCUACUUUACAAAAUUGCUCUGGAUCUGGGAUACGGGAUUGAUCUUUUUCUUCUACCCUGUUUUUGUUUUGUUUUGUUUUGUUUUCUCUUUGAAUCUCUGUAUAUUUGAUUCCUAAAUAAGAUUGUUCUUUAAAACUUUUCUGGAUCCUGGUUAUUAAAAGUCUUGGCAAGAUUUUCUUUACUUGCAAGGGAAGAACUACCGGCUACAAAAAAUAUUUUUGAAUAAACAUUGUUUUGGUAUAUCUUACAUCCUGGGUGUCUGAAGACACCAAACUAAAUAAAUCUGCUCUAUAUUCAAUUUGUUAAGAGUUUUGUGACAGUAUGUACCGUAAUUCAAAAUCCUAGCGACUUGAGGGUGGAGCCCUCACAUCCUUGUUUAUCACCAUCUGUGACAGGAACCAUUUCAGUGUGGUGGUUAUUAUGCCACUUAUAGCUACUUAUUUUUUACCAGAUUAAAUUUUUAGUUUCAGAGUAAACUAUAACGUUCUGAAUCAAGCAUAUUGCAUUAUCAAUAGGUUGAAAUAUGAACACUCUCCUCAAAUGUUUGGUUCAAAAGCCUGAAAGAUUUUUAGAUCUAGGUCGCUGAAAAAAAUGCUAAAAUGAAUCACAUUGGGGGAACAUCUUCAUUUAAUUCAUUUAGCACCAUUUAAAAGAAGCACACCAAGUUAUAUGGCUAAUAUAACUUGAAACUCUUUUAUACUAAGCGGUUGGUAAUAACUCCUGGGGAUUUAAUGCAUUCAUAAAAAUCAGCUCAUCAUUUUCUACUUAUUUGUGUUCCGUGUGUUAGAAAUAACAAAAUGAUACCAUAGACACUGCUCCCUGGUUUGAAAACUGAGUGUCAGGGCUGAAUGAACCAAAGCCUCUGGAGGUAUUUGCAUGGAGGCCACGGUACUCUAUUAAUUCUCAUAGCUACUUGCUCAUCACCACUAUCUUUUCCUUAUGCUGUAUAUGGUUAUGGCCUACAAUGUUGUAUUUGUUAUUUAUCAAGUUGUGAUUGUUUUAUCAUUGUUUAUGCCAAAUGUUAAAUGCCAAGCUUGGAAUAUCCUAAAGCAUGACUAGAUUUACCUUGGGAUAAAUUAUCUUAUGAAAACCAAAUCUGAAAAGCCACAAGUGUUGAUUGCUAUAAAAUAACAUGCUGCAACUCUUGAUUGUUAGAGCUUUUGUUAGCACUUCAGAUGCAAUUGGAACUAUGCUCAAUAAUAUGUGAAAAGCUUAAUAAAUUCUGUGUAUCAGUAGUAUAGGUCUCAAUAUUUAUUAUGAGGCCAAUGGUCUGGAAACAGCUUUUUGUAUUAAAUAGUCAACUUGUGUGUCCAUGCUUUUAAAAAGGCAGUUUUUUUUUUUUUUUUUUCCAUCUGCUUUAAGUCACUGCUUUCUGGUAUCAGACUAACAUAAAUUAUUUACUUGAAGAGGCUUUAAGGCAAAGGUUGCUGAAGCAUUGUCCCAGUGGAGUGGAUCUGUAGAAAAUGAUCAUUUUAAAAAAAUACUGUGCUUACUCAACAUAGCUGUUAAAUUAUUUUUUUUCAGCCAGUUCAUCUUUUAAUUUUUAACUCACAUCUUCUUUUCAUUACAUUAUUUCUUGGGUGUUCUGCCCAAUUACCAUCUUUUUAACAAGAAAAAACAGAGAAGAUGGCAAUUUCCUUAGUUGAGUGAAAUAUCGUCAAAUCUCUUUUUAUUUAAUGGGAGAAAUGAUAGAAAUAAGGGUGGAUGGUGGGAUGGGUUUAUGUGGGUAUUGGUGAUGGUUGUGAAAGAAGAAAUUGGAGAAUCACUCACCAGACAUCUGCAGACAUUUAAUAGAGAAAUGAUUUAUUCUACUGCAAAGGACUCUACCUCUAAAAGCAGCAAAAAGUAGAGGGAGGAUAAAUUUAGAAAAAUAAACAUCAACUUAGAAAUAUUAUUCAAAGUAGUCUUUGUGGAAGUCAUUAUUAUGAACGUACAGAUAUUUGAGCAAUUCAAAGCAUAAUACUUACUUAAAACUCCAGAGGGGGGUUUGGUCACUCUCCUGUGUUUUGUUUUUGACCCUGUAAGAACACAGCAACUUGAGAAUGAAAUAGCAGCUAGUUAAGGAUGCAAGAAGUGGGAUAAAAUAAAAUAAUUCCUGAAAGUAUCCCCUUCUUACAAAGGAUUGUCCUUAAUUUCCGGAGUUUGUGGGAAAUAAAGCAAGAAUCUGUAUACCUUUGAGGCCAGAGUCAUCGGUGGAAGAGAGUAGAACUCAUUGGAUUAUCCUAGUAGUAACUCAGAUAAGCUGUUGAAGUAGAGAAAAGACAUGUUUAAUUUGGACUUACUAUUUCUGGAUGUGUUAAUCAAGAAGUACACACCUUUUUUUGUAUAGUAUUUGAAAACAAUAAAAAUGUUAUGAUUUGGG